UGCACUAGAGAAGUGAUUGAGACACAGACAGAGGUUUAGUCUUGAUUUCUUCUUCUUUGUGUUGAUUCUUCUCCUCUUAAACAGACAGAGAAACUCCUGCUGAAGCGACUGAGCUCCACUAUUAUAAAGAUGGCCUUUAUUAAAGAGGAGAGUGAAGACCUGAAGAUUGAGGACACAUUCAGAGUCAAACAGGAAGAUCCUGAGCAGCUAACAGAGCUGAUGGAGCUGAAAGAGGAGACUGAACUACUCCAUGAAGAAGAAGAGAAAGAUCAAUAUAAGAAGCGUCUUGGCUUCAAAACUGAAGAAACAUCUUUUAGUUGCUCAGACACUAAGAAGACUUCCUCACAGAAAAGAACCCAAAGAACCAGAGAUGAAAAGUCUUUCCUCUGCCAACAGUGUGGGAAGAGUUUUAAGCAACAUGGGCAACUUAAGGUCCACACGAGGAUUCACACUGGAGAGAAACCUUACUCCUGCCAAGAGUGUGGAAAGAGUUUCAGUCAAUCUUCUUCACUUAAAAUCCACAUGAGGAUUCACACAGGAGAGAAGCCUUAUACCUGUGAGGAGUGUGGAAAGAGUUUCAGACAAAGUAAAAGCCUUGUUGCACACAGAAGAGGUCACACUGGAGAAAAGCCUUACACAUGCAAACUGUGUGGAAAGAGCUUCAGUCAAGCUGAAGGGCUUGGAAUCCACAAGAGAAUUCACACUGGAGAAAAACCCUUCACCUGCCAAGAGUGUGGGAAGAGUUUCAGUAGAAAAGAAACCCUUAAAUACCACUUGAUAGUUCACUCUGGAGAGAAGAUUUUCACCUGCAAACAGUGUAGAAUACGUUUCACUCAGAAGGUCAGCUUUAAGAAACACAUUUUAGUUCACAAUAGUGAGAAGCCUUUCACCUGCAGUCAGUGUGGAAAGAGUUUUGAUCAAGAAGAACAUCUUAAAGUUCAUAUUAGAGUUCACUUAAAACAGAAGCGCUUCACAUGCUCUCACUGUGGAAAGAGGUUCUAUGAUAAACAACGCUUUGAAGACCACAUGAGGAUUCACAAUGGAGAGCAACCCUACACGUGCACUCACUGUGGAAAGAGUUUCAGCUACAAAGGUAGCAUGAAUGCCCACAUGAGAAUCCACACUGAGCAAAAGUCUUUCACCUGUGACCAAUGUGGGAAAAAUUUCAACCAAAUAGGACACCUUAACAAACAUAUGAGGGUUCACACUGGAGAGAGACCAUUCAGGUGUGGUCACUGUGAAAAGAGUUUCAAACAUGAUUCGGGGCUUAAAUACCACAUGAAUAGCGCUCACAAAUGUACACAUUAGGUCAGUAGGUGGAGAAAGUGGUGUUUUGUGGCUGAUCAAACACAUUUGACCACAUUAUGGAAGCAGAUUCUGGUCAGGCACCGUUUUGACAUGUGGGAACCUCCUGCUGUCCUUAGUGAAACCAAUACUAAAGUGGCUGAAACUGCAGUUCAACAAUUGGCCGCUGGAAGCUCAAAAAAUGAGAGAAGUAAAAUGCAUUUUUCUCUUGUAGAAUAAUUCUUAAUGUGGCUCAGUUCAUUAAAACUGUAUUUUCAAAAGACUCCAAACUUUGUAAACACAUUAUAAAAGGCUUGGGUUUUCUGAUGGAUUUCUACUCCAGGAUGGAGGAACACGUAUCCUUUCUUAUGUCUUUAUGAUUAUUAUUAAAGUUGAGUGCUCAAGGGUCUAGAUUAUAUGAUGACCUUAGUGCCAUCCCUCUUCAGAGUAAAACUGGAGUAAUAAGUGUGUCAUUGCUUUUUCUGUAUGCCAAAUGAUUUGAUUCCUCAGGAUCUACCAAGCUAGGUCAGAGAUCAUGGAGACCUCUUAAGUGGGACUGGACUCUUCAUGGAUUGGAAACAACUGUGUUAAUUCUGUUUGAGAAAAUUUCUUUGCUUAUAAGAUCUGUGAAGUAGCAAGCUGCCAAAUUGAAUGUCGAUUGUACCAGUUUUGAUAAGACGGCCUCGAGUAUGAAACAGAUUGUACUUUGUGUGCACGUGUGUCUUAUAUUCAUUUGUGGAUCAUUGUUACAGGUCUGCAAAAAUGCAACUAUCCUCA